AUGCCUGAGACCUCUGAUCCGUCAGCCUCUACGAUGCCAAGCUCUGAAGAGCGUGUCGCGUUGCGUUCAACAGUUCCAAAUAGCAGUUCAUUAACAUCUCCAUCUCGUGCACGACUGUUGGCUACUGCGGGUGUUGGGAGGGGACCAGCAGCUCCAGAUGAAGCCCACGCUGUGCGUCUUAAUGUACUGAAUAGUAGUGUACAGGAAGCUCGAGACGCACGGAAUUCGCGUCUUAUUAUGUGGGCUUUGUCUAUUGUCAAUGUACCACAGAUUGUAGCAGCUAUUGUCCUCUUGGUACUACAUUGGCAAAGCGAAACGUUGUGUUAUCGUAUUCAAGUGUGGGUACUAUUACAUACAAUUCAUUUGACUUUCACGUUAUUGCUUGAAUGGACACUAUAUUUUCUUAAUGGUGCAACGAGUAAUAGUGCCAUUAGACUACGAGAACAAUACAUGACGUUUCUAAGUCAGCUGAAAUACGGAUUAGAUCUUGCUGGGCUCUUUUGGUUUUUAGUUGGAAAUAUGUGGGUCAUUAGUGAUGGUGCACGUUGUGACGAUGGAUCAGCUAUGUAUCAAUUAGCGCUAUGGAUGAUUGUUAUUUCAUAUGCCAAGAUAUUUCUUCCUUGUUUACUUUUGUUAGCACUACUGCCUGUUCUCUGCUUCUGUCUACCUUGUGUCAUUCGGCUUCUUAGUAGAUUACAAGAUCCAAUGAGAGGAAAAGGAGCGACGAAAGAGAUAAUUGACCAGUUGGAGACCAAGGCGUAUGUAGCCAGUAUGUUUCCUUCAGAGGAUGCAUGCUGCUGUAUCUGUCUCAAUGACUAUGAACCAUCUCAGUCGCUACGUGUGUUGCCGUGUGCUCAUCAUUUUCACAAAGAGUGCGUGGAUGAAUGGCUUUUAGUGAAUUCGACGUGUCCAACGUGCCGCAAAUCUAUUUUCGACGUCGCUGGUUCUGGAAAUGCUACAGCAACAAGUGAAGAAGAAAUGCUAGGACGGGUUUGA